AUGUCUGGAGCCAACAGCUCCAGCCUGACCCCAGAAUUCUUUAUCCUGAAUGGUGUUCCUGGACUGGAAGAUGCACAUGUCUGGAUCUCUCUGCCAUUCUGCUUCAUGUACAUGAUUGCUGUGGUAGGGAACUGUGGGCUUAUCUACCUAAUUGGCCAUGAGGAGGCUCUGCACCGGCCCAUGUACUACUUCCUGGCCUUACUCUCCUUCACUGAUGUCACCUUGUGCACAACCACAGUGCCCAAUAUGCUGUGCAUAUUCUGGUUCAAUUUCAAGAAGAUUGGAUUUAAUUCCUGCCUUGUCCAGAUGUUCUUUGUCCACAUGUUGACUGGAAUGGAGUCUGGUGUGCUCAUGCUCAUGGCCCUAGACCGCUAUGUAGCCAUCUGCUAUCCUCUACGCUAUACUACCAUCCUCACCAACCCUGUGAUUGCCAAGGCUGGUCUUGUUACAUUCUUGAGGAGUGUAAUGCUCAUCUUUCCAUUCACUCUCCUCACCAAGCGCUUGCCCUAUUGUAGAGGCACUCUUAUCCCCCACACUUACUGUGACCACAUGUCUGUGGCCAAGGUAUCCUGUGGCAAUGCCAAGGUCAAUGCAAUCUAUGGCCUCAUGGUUGCUCUAUUGAUUGGUGUGUUUGACAUUUGCUGUAUCUCUGUGUCUUACACUAUGAUAUUGAGAGCAGUGGUGAGCCUGUCCUCUGCUGAUGCUCGUCAUAAGGCCUUCAGUACCUGCACAUCUCACAUCUGUGCUAUUGUGAUCACUUAUGUGCCUGCCUUUUUUACUUUCUUCACUCAUCGUUUUGGAGGACACACUAUUCCCCACCAUGUCCACAUCAUAGUGGCAAAUCUCUACCUGCUACUGCCCCCUACCAUGAACCCAAUUGUUUAUGGAGUCAAAACCAAGCAGAUUCGAGAAAGUGUAAUCAAGUUUUUACUUGGAGAUAAAAUGGGCAUUACCUAA